AUGUUUUUCACAGUGAAGUGCAGUCUUUACAACCAUCAGAGAUCUCACACGGGGGAGAAACCAUAUUCCUGUCCUGAGUGCGGGAAAUGUUUUUCACAGAAGUCCAGUCUUUACAAACAUCAGAGAUCUCACACAGGAGAGAAGCCAUAUUCCUGUCCUGAGUGUGGGAAAUGUUUUUCACAUAAGUCACAUCUUUACACACAUCAGAGAUCGCACACAGGGGAGAAACCGUAUUCCUGUCUGAGUUGCGGGAAAUGUUUUUCACAGAAGUCCUAUCUUUCCAUACAUCAGAGAUCUCACACAGGGGAGAAGCCGUAUUCCUGUCCUGAGUGCGGGAAAUGUUUUCACAGAACUCCUAGCUUUACAAACAUCAGAGAUUCUCACACAGGGAGAAGCCAUUUUCUACUUCUCCUGAGUGAGGGAAAUGUUCCUCACUGA